AUGCAGCAACUUGAAACCCCGCGGACAACUCAGCAAACUGCCACAGAACCACUGGACCAAGCAGCUCUGUACGUCCGACGGGGAAAAACAGCUCUGUGGGUCACUGUGUCGCUGCUGGCUCUGGCUCUGGUAGUGCUGUCCGUGGGUCUGAUCUCAGCCACUCGCACUGACAACGUGCCCGUUUCUGGAUAUUAUCCUGGCAUCACGCUGAGUUUUGGAGCAUUUUUGGGCAUUGUUGGCAUCCAUCUGGUGGAAAACCGCAGACCCAUGCUUGUGGCAGCAAUAAUCUUCAUCAGUAUUGGAGUUAUUGCGUCUUUCUUCUGUGCCAUCGUUGAUGGGAUCAUUGCAGCAGAAUUCAUUGACAUAAGGCCAUUGCAGGAGGACAUGUGUGACUUUUACUCCAGUGGAUCAGGAUACGCUUACGACAGCUACUAUACUGAGAUUUCAGGUACAACCAUAACUUUAAAAUUAUCCUUGCAGGUGACGUGUCGUUCAUUCAACAAACAAUGCGCUUUGAAACUAAAGAGCAACACCUGCUACUGCUGCUACCUGUACAACUGUGAGAGCUCAGAGUAUCCCACACACUACUACCAGUUCACUGGGGUCAGCAGCUGCUGGGAUGUGAUGCACCUUCACCGACUGCUUUGGGCCUCAGUGGUGCUCAAUGUGAUCAGCCUGUUCCUGGGCAUCAUUACUGCCGCCAUCCUUGGAGCAUACAAGGAUAUGCAGAAACCCACUCCUCAGAUUGCUCCCAGCCCAGCGCCACCACCCCACAUCCUGUACAACCCAAACCAGCACAUGCUCACGUAUUCUGGCUUCUGCCCCCCAGGACAGGCUCUGCCUGCCUACCCGAACUAUCCCAUACCAAUGCAGCAUACCAGCAACUUUCAGGCACCUGCUACUCCCCAGAUGAUCCCUGAGGGAGCUUCCUCUUCCUGUCCCUGUGAUGAGAACCAGAGCCAGCAGCCCUCACAAGUUCCCAUCCAGCCACAGCCUCAGGGAACCACCCAGGACCCAGGAGGUUAUAUGUUAACUCCCAACGCUCCUGUCCUCUAUGGAACCUCAUACAACCCCUUUGAGAAACCUCCUCCGUACGCCUGCUGAGUGCUGAGAUUCACAGGCGAGGCGAGAUGGAGAAUGAUGUCUUCACCUGGUCAGACUGAAUGCAGCACAAGACAUUUUGUGGGCGACUGUAGUUUCAGAACUACAUUUAAACUCUGUGUUCACAUCUUAGUGGGUUUUAACUGAACAC